AUGAUUCAGCGAAUCAUUUCCAUCGCCAUUUUGGCGCUUCCAUUCAUUGGUAAAGUUUCCGCGACAAACACAUAUACUACCUCAUCGACGUCCUCCGUAGCAUGUGUUUCAACUGGUGUCAUCCUUUCUGGCCAGGCCGCUUGCCCAGCAUCUUCCCUUGAUGCGUUUUCUACAACCAGCAACAUUUCUUCAACGUCUUCUGUCGCCACCAUCAUUCCCACAACGUACCCGGUAGAGGUACCUCCAGUCGCUGGGGUUUUUACCACAACUACAGUUCCGUAUCCCCAUUCCACAUCAACCAUCUAUGGAAUAAACACUCGAAUUGACGAGCUUGGAUCCGUUGUUACCGAAACUGUUAUUCUUUCAACUACUAUAUGCCCUAUCACUGCUACCGAAGGAGAAGCCAUUCCAUCACCAUCCAGCAUAAGUAUCGAUUCGAUUACAGCUAUUCAAAGUACUAUCACAAGCACCACAUCGGCAGCUAGUCCUAUUAUUAGCUCGACUUCUGCUGAAGGAGUUGCCGUCAGCAGUCCACUUGCUGCUGCUUCUUCAACAUUGAGUCUUGUUGCAAGUCUUUCAGCCAUAACCUCAGUUGCAGUAAAUACUAGCAGUACUGUUGUUAUCCUUCAAACAGCUACCGUCUUACCAGAAGCCUACACAACACAAGUGUCUGAGACUGUAUACGCUUGGAGCACUGUGACUACCGAAGGAACAAGCACUGUGGUCGCUUUUGACUCAAGCCCAAGUGUCUCUGCUAGUGUAUCUUCUGCAGCAUGCAUACCUUCUGGCGGUGUUCUUUUAUCUGGCCAAAUAGCUUGCCCUGGUACACCGGAUAGCUCGACUGAUGCGCUAUCUGGUGAAACUACAAGCAUGGUUCCACCGGCUGCUAUCACUACAGUUGCAGUUUUCAGCGAGACUGAGCCCGCUGUACCGACUACUACAGUUAUUUCUCCAGCCGCUUCCAGUGUCUCACUCUCCGGUGAGACUACCAGUACAUCCUCCGUUGCAUGUGUAGCUUCUGGUGUCCUCCUAUCCGGCGAAACAGCUUGUCCAGAAACCCCAAUUAAAGCAGUAACUUCCAGUGCCCCUGUUUCCGCUCAACCAUUCACCACAUCUGUAACAGAUAUUCCUGUUCAAUCUACUCCAGCUACCGAAGAUGUUAGUACUUCUCAACCCUCCAUCGCACUCGCACAACCCGUAACAACAACCGGCCCAACAACCUUCAUUCCAACCUACGCGACGACCUCCUUCCUCACAAAACCAACUUCUGCACCCAUCUUCAACUCUACCUCUUUCCCAACUAUCACCCCAAGUAGCGUAUCGCUAACUGGUUCUGGUAUCCUCAUUGACACCGCUACCCUUGGUAGCACCGAAACCUUCACAUUCGCCUUACCAAGCAUCUAUACCCCAACUGGAACAAGCGAUUCCAGUGCCGUUACCGCUUAUUCAUUUUCGGAUUCUGGAGUUUCGAAAGUUAAUGCAAGAGGAAGUUUGGUGGUUGCUUUGAGUGUUAUGGUUUUAGUGUUGGUGGUUUAG